GGGAAGUGAUAUAAUGAUUAAUAUAAAUAAUUAGGGUGAAGAAUAACAGAAAAGUGAAUGCACCGUAGCAAACUUUGAAUUGAAGCAAAAUCAUGAAUUGCAUCACUGCCAAACGCAAAUUCCCAAUUACAUAGUUCCACCGAUGUACAGAAAACUCGCGUUUGCAUAAGCACUUUUGUUUUCGGCGUUGAUCUCCGAUUCCGUUUUCCAACGCUUCUUCAAUCUUCACCAAUCUCAAUGGCUUCUAUCUCCCUGCUUCUCACCCUGUUCGUGUUCUCCGUAAUUGGCACUUCGUCGUCGGAAAGCAGUAGGAAGGAAUUAAGGAACAAGCAGGAAACUGCAUUACAGACGUUAGAGCACUCAUUUCACUAUUCCAACAGAAUUAACCCUUCCCGUGUUGUCCAAAUCUCUUGGCAACCAAGGGUUUUUCUAUACAGAGGUUUUUUGUCGGACAAGGAGUGUGACUAUCUCGUUUCUUUGGCAUAUGCUUUGAAAGAAGAAUCCACAGAGAAUGGUGGUCUUUCAGAGGGGGUUGGAGCUUCCUUGGAUAUGGAUGAUGGUAUUCUUGCAAGGAUUGAAGAAAGACUUUCAGCUUGGACUUUCCUUCCAAAAGAGAACAGCAAACCUUUGCAGGUCGUGCAUUAUGGGCCUGAGCAGAAUGGUCGGAACUUAGAUUAUUUUACGAACAAAACCAAAUUGGAAUUAAGUGGACCUUUAAUGGCAACAGUUGUUUUGUAUCUCUCAAAUGCUACUCAAGGGGGUCAAAUUCUCUUCCCUGAAUCAGUGCCCAGGAGUAGCAGCUGGUCAAAUUGUAGUAAUAGUAGUAAGAUUCUCCAACCAGUAAAAGGGAAUGCUGUUCUAUUUUUCUCUCUUCACCCAAGUGCUUCUCCUGACCAGAGUAGCUUCCAUGCUAGAUGCCCUGUUCUUGAGGGGGAUAUGUGGUCUGCGACUAAAUACUUCUAUGCAAGACCAAUUAACAAAGGCAAUGUCUCAGUCAUAUCAGAUGGUGGUGACUGCACUGAUGAGGAUGACAAUUGUCAUGCUUGGGCAGCCAUUGGAGAAUGUCAAAGAAACCCUGUGUUCAUGAUUGGAUCUCCUGAUUAUUAUGGUACGUGUAGGAAAAGUUGUAAUGCAUGCUGAUCAGAAGUUGAUUUCACAAUUUCAGUUCAUAUAAAUAUUCUCCGUUCCAGAAUUCCAGUACCCCAAUCCCUUUCCUCAGUUUUGUUUUUCCUCCCUAUUAAUGUAGAGAAAAUAUAUGUGGAAUUACCAACUGCUUUCUUA